CCGCACAUGCAUAUAUGUUCUUGACAGUUGACACACGCUCUCUCAGCUAGCUAGCGCGCGCCUCGAUCGAUCUGCGCCUCUACCUGAUAUCGAUCCAUGGACUCCGACGAUUGGGGUCUUGGGGCGAUCGUGAGGAGCUGCGCCGGCGCCGGCGUCGACGCAGAGGCUACUACCCCGGCACCCGUGGCUAGCCGCGGCCGUGGUGUGGCAUCCAUGGAGCUCGUCGGCCGACCGGUGAGCGCGCCGGCGCCGUCCAUGACCACGGCUUCGUCGUCGUCGUUGCACGACGUGCUGGAGUACCUGGACUUGCACCACGAGCAGCAGCUGCCACGGGCGCCAUUCUCCAUCACGCCAUCCACGGCCAUGUCCCGCGAGCAGCGGGCGCCGUCCGAGCUCGUCUCCUUAUUCUCGGCCGCCUCGACAUCGUCCGGUCAGCUGACGCCGGCGACGAAGAAGCCGCAGCAAGGCGGUGGAAGGAAGCCUGGCGGGCGCGCUCACCGGCCUAAAAGAAGCAAGAUUAGCAGGAAGAGCCAAGUGAAGAAGGUGGUGCGCGAGGUGCCGUUGGUGGCCGACGGCGUCAUCUCCGGCGACGCCGACGACCUGUGGGCGUGGCGCAAGUACGGACAGAAGCCCAUCAAGGGAUCCCCGUACCCUCGAGGGUACUACAAGUGCAGCAGCCUCAAGGCGUGCGCGGCGCGGAAGCUGGUGGAGCGCAGCCCGGACAAGCCCGAGGUGCUCAUCGUCACCUACAUUGCUGACCACUGCCACGCCGUGCCCACGCUUGUCAACGCACUCGCCGGCACCACCGUGUGCCAAUCAACGUCCGACGAGGCGACAGGGGCGGCGAGGCGUGAGGACAGCGUCGACGGCUCGUCCUCCGUGGCGGCGGACGAAGCGUCUUCGGAGCUCAGGUCACCCGUGGAGAUGGAGCUGGACGAUUUCUUUGGCCUCUUCGACGAAGAUCUUGACAGCUUCUUCGGGGACGGCGAUGGCGACGAUGUGCUCGGGAGGCGGGUUUCGUUGUAGUGUUGCCAAGUUAAUUAGGACAUGUUCUAAUUCAUGGUACUUUCUCCGACCGGUAUUACUUAUCUUAAAUUUGUCCAGAUAUGGAUGUAUGUAUGUGUAAAAAACGUUUAGAUACUUGUAAUAUUUUGACAAGUAAUUUCGGCCGAAGAAAAUAAUAAAA